AUGCGACGUUCUAAUGUAUCAGAUGUUAAAUCUACAGGAGUUUCGAAUUGUAAAAGUUUCAAUUCGAAAAAUUCCUUAAGUGCAUUCCAUUCCAAAAAAAUUAUAUUAAUUUUUGGAAUAAUAUAUGUAGCCUUAUUGAAUGCUUAUAUAUGUGGAGAUAAAUACAAAAAGGCUGUAGAUUACAGUUUUAGAGAAAGCAGAAUUUUAGCUGAAGGCGAAGAGACCAGUACAAAAAAAGAAAAAACUACCUUAAGAAAAAGUAAGCAAAAAACAUCUUCACGCACUGUUUCUAGUCAAGCAAAGGAAGAUGAAGAAAAAAAAUCAGAUCUAACUAAUGAACAAAAUGAAGAAAGUGAUUCCGGAAAACAAAAAAAAACCAGAAAAGUAGUAAAAAAGCAAGUUAAAAAACAAGUUAAAAAAGGAGAUACAGAAAGUCAAAAAGUAGAUACAGAAAAUAAAAAAGUAGAUACUGAAAAUGAAAAAGAAGUUAAAGAAGUAACAGAAAUUAUAGAAGUUAUAGAAGUAAAAGACGGAAAAAAAGUAAAAAAAAUUAAAAAGAUUAUAAAAAAACAAAAGAAAAAAGAACCAUCUCAAAAAACAGAAGAAAAUAAAAAUGCAGAAGAAGCUCAAAAAACAGAAGAAAAUAAAAAUGCAGAAGAAGCUCAAAAAACAGAAGAAAAUAAACAUGCAGAAGAAGCUCAAAAAACAGAAGAAAAUAAACAUGCAGAGGAAGCUCAAAAAACAGAGGUUCCUAAAGAUGAAGAAUUAUCUCAACAAACAUCAACUAGCACCGAUGCAAAUAAUGAAGUAAAAACACUCGAUGCUGUUAACCAAGAAGCAUCAACUAGCACAGAUGCAAAUAAUGAAGUAAAAACAGUCGAUGCUGUUAACCAAGAAGCAUCAACUAGCACAGAUGCAAAUAAUGAAGUAGCAAAACAAGAAACUGAUAAUAACCAAGAAUUAACCAGCGCCGACCCAGAAGGUCAAAUAUUGAAAGAAUAUGCUGCUGAUCCAGAAUAUCGUAAACACUUAGAUAUAUUUUACAAAAUAUUAACUAACACUGAACCAACUGAAGAAGUAGCAACACAUGAUGCUGACAAUAACGAAACACAAGCCAGCGCCGAUUUAAGUAAUGAAGUAGCAACACAAGAAACUGAUAAUAACGAAGAAUUAACAAGCGCUGACCCAGAAGGUCAAAUAUUGAAAGAAUAUGCUGCUGAUCCAGAAUAUCGUAAACACUUAGACGUAUUUUACAAAAUAUUAACUAACACUCAACCAACUGAUGAAGUAGCAACACAAGAAGCUGACAAUAGCGAAGAAUUAACCAGCGCCGACCCAGAAGGUCAAAUAUUGAAAGAAUAUGCUGCUGAUCCAGAAUAUCGUAAACACUUAGACGUAUUUUACAAAAUAUUAACUAACACUCAACCAACUGAUGAAGUAGCAACACAAGAAGCUGAUAGUAACGAAGAAUUAACCAGCGCCGACCCAGAAGGCCAAAUAUUGAAAGAAUAUGCCGCUGAUCCAGAAUAUCGUAAACACUUAGACGUAUUUUACAAAAUAUUAACUAACACUGAACCAACUGAAGACGUAGCAACACAUGAUGCUGACAAUAACGAAACACAAGCCAGCGCCGAUUUAAGUAAUGAAGCAUCAACACAAGAAACUGAUAAUAACGAAGAAUUAACAAGCGCUGACCCAGAAGGUCAAAUAUUGAAAGAAUAUGCUGCUGAUCCAGAAUAUCGUAAACACUUAGACGUAUUUUACAAAAUAUUAACUAACACUCAACCAACUGAUGAAGUAGCAACACAAGAAGCUGACAAUAGCGAAGAAUUAACCAGCGCCGACCCAGAAGGUCAAAUAUUGAAAGAAUAUGCUGCUGAUCCAGAAUAUCGUAAACACUUAGACGUAUUUUACAAAAUAUUAACUAACACUGAACCAACUGAUGAAGUAUCAACACAAGAAACUGAUAAUAACGAAGAAUUAACAAGCGCUGACCCAGAAGGUCAAAUAUUGAAAGAAUAUGCUGCUGAUCCAGAAUAUCGUAAACACUUAGACGUAUUUUACAAAAUAUUAACUAACACUCAACCAACUGAUGAAGUAGCAACACAAGAAACCGAUAGUAACGAAGAAUUAACUAGCGCUGAUUUAAGUAAUGAAGUAGAAACACAAGAAACUGAUAAUAACGAAGAAUUAACAAGCGCCGACCCAGAAGGUCAAAUAUUGAAAGAAUAUGCCGCUGAUCCAGAAUAUCGUAAACACUUAGAUGUAUUUUACCAAAUAUUAACUAACACUGAACCAACUAAUGAAGUAGAAACCCAAGAAGCUGACAAUAAUGAAACAUUAACCAGCGCCGAUUUAAGUAAUGAAGUAGAAACACAAGAAACUGAUAAUAACGAAGAAUUAACAAGUGCCGACCCAGAAGGUCAAAUAUUGAAAGAAUAUGCUGCCGAUCCAGAAUACCGUAAACACUUAGACGUAUUUUACCAAAUAUUAACUAACACUGAACAAGCUGAUGAAGUAGAAACCCAAGAAGCUGACAAUAGCGAAACAUUAACUAGUGCCGAUUUAAAUGAUGAAGUAGCAACACAAGAAACUGAUAGUAACGAAGAAUUAACAAGCGCUGACCCAGAAGGUCAAAUAUUGAAAGAAUAUGCCGCUGAUCCAGAAUAUCGUAAACACUUAGACGUAUUUUACCAAAUAUUAACUAACACUGAACAAGCUGAUGAAGUAGAAACCCAAGAAGCUGACAAUAAUGAAACAUUAACCAGCGCCGAUCUAAGUAAUGAAGUAGAAACACAAGAAACUGAUAAUAACGAAGAAUUAACCAGCGCCGACCCAGAAGGCCAAAUAUUGAAAGAAUAUGCCGCUGAUCCAGAAUAUCGUAAACACUUAGAUGUAUUUUAUCAAAUAUUAACUAACACUGAACCAACUGAUGCAGUAGAAACCCAAGAAGCUGACAAUAAUGAAACAUUAGCCAGCGCCGAUUUAAAUGAUGAAGUAUCAACACAAGAAACUGAUAAUAACGAAGAAUUAACCAGCGCCGACCCAGAAGGUCAAAUAUUGAAAGAAUAUGCUGCUGAUCCAGAAUACCGUAAACACUUAGAUGUAUUUUAUCAAAUAUUAACUAACACUGAACCAACUGAUGAAGUAGCAACACAAGAAACUGAUAAUAACGAAGAAUUAACCAGCGCCGACCCAGAAGGCCAAAUAUUGAAAGAAUAUGCCGCUGAUCCAGAAUAUCGUAAACACUUAGAUGUAUUUUAUCAAAUAUUAACUAACACUGAACCAACUGAUGUAGUAGAAACCCAAGAAGCUGACAAUAAUGAAACAUUAGCCAGCGCCGAUCUAAAUGAUGACGUAGAAGCACAAGAAACUGAUAGUAACGAAGAAUUAACCAGCGCUGACCCAGAAGGUCAAAUAUUGAAAGAAUAUGCUGCUGAUCCAGAAUACCGUAAACACUUAGACGUAUUUUACCAAAUAUUAACUAACACUGAACCAACUAAUGAAGUAGAAAACCAAGACGUUGACAAUAACGAAGCAGUAACCAGCGCCGAUUUAAAUGAUGAAGUAGCAACAGAAGAAACUGAUAAUAACGAAGAAUUAACAAGCGCUGACCCAGAAGGUCAAAUAUUGAAAGAAUAUGCUGCUGAUCCAGAAUAUCGUAAACACUUAGAUGUAUUUUAUCAAAUAUUAACUAACACUGAACCAACUGAUGAAGUAGAAACCAAAGAUGCUGACAAUAGCGAAACAUUAACUAGUGCCGAUUUAAAUGAUGAAGUAUCACCACAAGAAACUGAUAGUAACGAAGAAUUAACAAGCGCCGACCCAGAAGGUCAAAUAUUGAAAGAAUAUGCUGCUGAUCCAGAAUACCGUAAACACUUAGAUGUAUUUUACCAAAUAUUAACUAACACUGAACCAACUAAUGAAGUAGAAACCCAGGAAGCUGACAAUAAUGAAACAUUAACCAGCGCCGAUUUAAGUAAUGAAGUAGAAACACAAGAAACUGAUAAUAACGAAGAAUUAACCAGCGCUGACCCAGAAGGUCAAAUAUUGAAAGAAUAUGCUGCUGAUCCAGAAUAUCGUAAACACUUAGACGUAUUUUACCAAAUAUUAACUAACACUGAACAAGCUGAUGAAGUAGAAACCCAAGAAGCUGACAAUAGCGAAACAUUAACUAGUGCCGAUUUAAAUGAUGAUGUAUCACCACAAGAAACUGAUAGUAACGAAGAAUUAACAAGCGCUGACCCAGAAGGUCAAAUAUUGAAAGAAUAUGCCGCUGAUCCAGAAUAUCGUAAACACUUAGACGUAUUUUACCAAAUAUUAACUAACACUGAACAAGCUGAUGAAGUAGAAACCCAAGAAGCUGACAAUAGCGAAACAUUAACUAGUGCCGAUUUAAAUGAUGAAGUAGAGACCCACGAUGCUGACAAUAAUGAAACAUUAGCCAGCUCCGAUUUAAAUAAUGAAGUAGAAACACAAGAAACUGAUAGUAACGAAGAAUUAACAAGCGCUGACCCAGAAGGUCAAAUAUUGAAAGAAUAUGCUGCUGAUCCAGAAUAUCGUAAACACUUAGAUGUAUUUUAUCAAAUAUUAACUAACACUGAACCAACUGAUGAAGUAGAAACCCAAGAAGUUGACAAUAGCGAAACAUUAACUAGUGCCGAUUUAAAUGAUGAAGUAGAAACAGAAGAAACUGAUAAUAACGAAGAAUUAACCAGCGCUGACCCAGAAGGUCAAAUAUUGAAAGAAUAUGCUGCUGAUCCAGAAUAUCGUAAACACUUAGAUGUAUUUUAUCAAAUAUUAACUAACACUGAACCAACUGAUGAAGUAGAAACCAAAGAUGCUGACAAUAACGAAACAUUAACUAGCGCCGAUCUAUAUGAUGAAGUAGAAACACAAAGUGCUGACGAUAACGAAUCAUUAACCAGCGCUGAUCUAAAUGAUGAAGUAGAAACACAAAGUGCUGACGAUAACGAAUCAUUAACCAGCGCUGAUCUAUAUGAUGAAGUAGAAACACAAAAUGCUGACUAUAACGAAUCAUUAACCAGUGCCGAUCUAUAUAAUGAAGUAGAAUCACAAAAUGCUGACGAUAACGAAUCAUUAACCAGCGCUGAUCUAAAUGAUGAAGUAGAAACACAAAGUGCUGACGAUAACGAAUCAUUAACCAGUGCCGAUCUAUAUAAUGAAGUAGAAUCACAAAAUGCUGACGAUAACGAAUCAUUAACCAGCGCCGAUCUAAAUGAUGAAGUAGAAUCACAAAAUGCUGACGAUAAUGAAUCAUUAAACAGCGCCGAUCUUUAUGAUAACGUAGAAACACAAAGUGCUGACGAUAACGAAUCAUUAACCAGCGCCGAUCUAAAUGAUGAAGUAGAAUCACAAAAUGCUGACGAUAACGAAUCAUUAACCAGCGCCGAUCUAAAUGAUGAAGUAGAAACACAAGAUGCUGACAAUAACGAAACAUUAACUAGUGCCGAUCCUGAAGAUAAAGUAGUGAAAGAAUAUGCCAAUGAUCCAGAUUAUCUCAAAUACUUAGACUCAUUUGAUGAAAUAUUCAAUACCAUAGAACCAAAUGAUGAUUUAGAAACACGCUAUAUUGAUAAUGACGAAGCAUAA